AUGUCCCCUCCCGACAGCACGACCAACCGUGCCUUUUCUCGUCGCCGCGACGACGAACUGCAACACAACGCCUCCCCUUCGCCUUCUCCCUUUCAUCGAGCGCGCCGGAACCGCGGCCUUGACGAGAUCGAUACCUCACGUAUACCCAGCCCGACGUCGAAGAAUGGCGCGCGGCCCCGGAGGGCUUUUGGCCAGACCAGGACAUUGAAAGGCGCGUUCGAAGCGACGUCGCGCCCCAUGACGAUGGCGGACGGAGACGACCAAAACACCCCGCCUGUUCCUCCAGCGGGGCGAACUCCAAGUCCCCGGAGCAGGCGACAACGCAAUCUUUCUGUGCCGUCGCCCUUGGCGGAGGUCACCAGUCCUCCCCCGGGAGAGCUGCUGGAGACGUACCGGCGGAUCAACGAUGCAGAUGAUUUGGCGGAUUUGGUUUCGCAGGAUGAGAUGGACCUGCCAUCGGAUCCCUCACGACGGCGAGAAAGAGGAGGAGGGCUACGACGUCUGUCGCCAGUGAUAGACCAGGGUCAGGAGGAAGACGAAGACAACUUUGGUCCCGGUCUGAGUUUCCUGGACGACGUCACGGAUGACUCGAUGCGCAAGAAACUGGCGAACCACGUGCGAGACGAGGAGCGCCUGAAACGCGUCGUGUCCAGAGAGUCUCCGGUCUUCAGCAAGGCCAAAGUCGGUUCCAAAGCCGCCCUGUCUGCGGAGAAUCUGCAACGGCGCUACCGGGAACGUGAACAGGAACAAGAAGAGGAGGUGGAGGAUUCUGAUGAUGGUCCAAAGCCUGGGCUCAACGUUCCCAAGAGCUGGGCUAGCCGGUCAAGAAGCCAUCGAGCGUGGUUGGAUAGCAUCACGCGAAAGAAUGGGAACACUCCACGAGAACGGGAAUCCAAGCGCUCCGUAGAGCGAGAGGUGGAUGCUGAUAUCGACUUUACUGCCCGCUCACUCCAGGUUUCCAACAGUCCACCCGUGCGACAGAAUCUGAAAGACCGUGAGAAGGACGCAGAGAGUACCACUAGGACGGCGAGUCCCAGAAAUGAUCCGAUAAAAAGUGAGCUGCAGGAGAGCCAGCCUUCUACGGAAGGUGAAGCAAUCCCCAACACGCCGAUCGUGGUCUACAAGGCUUCGCCUAAGGACAAACCACCCAAGCCCCGGAGUGAUUCGCGCGAACUCCUUCGCAAACUGGCUCGAGCCGAAAGUCCCAGUCAAAGCAGCACACCGGAGCAACCAAAGCCUCCAGAGAAAAAUACACUCCCCGACAAGACACCCGUCGUCAUCGGAGCGUGGGUGGAUACUCCUAUGACGGAACGAGCAGCCGAGUCGACAGAAGACUUAUCGAGGGAGAUUGACUCUCCGAGCAAGCCUGGUCCUAAAUCGAACGCCGUCUCCGCAACAAUUUCUACUGAUACUACGCCUCCCGAGAGCAAUAACAAUAGCUCUCUGGUUCCUUCAUUGCAAUUACCGGAUAAAAAACCUGAAACGGAGCCCAAGCCACAGCCUAAGCCAGAGACCAAGCCGGAAGUAAAGACAGAGAAACCGAAGCCAGAACUGGUCAAGCCCAAGCUGCCCAAGAGCGCCUUGGAGAUGGUUAUUGAGGACGCCAAAGUGAACGGGAACCCGCUCGUACUGGGGGAUGACACCAUCAAUUCCCUCCAAGAGAUCUUGGACGGCGAAGACAAGCACGCUUCACCCGGAAGUGAAAGUGAGAAUGCUGUUGCCGAAUCCAAGAGAGAGAGUGAUGAUGCCGUCGCUGGGAUAGAUGCAACGGAUUCUGAGCUCGCACAGCAUCAGACGGAGACGGAGACGCAGAGGCAGCCGGCAGAAAAGGACACUGAAUCGCUCGACCGAAUGAACUCGAAGCUGCAAUCCCUCAUCCACAGUAUCCACGAUGCCAGAACGGGGCUUGACGGGCUCGAGCAGCACAUCUCGCCCGGGGGCAAUGCCGACUCAAAACAGCGAGAAGGACACUGCGAGACGUGCGGCGCCCACGACGACGGACGCGUCUACGUUUCUAUUCCUCUGCCACGACUAUGGCGCCGAGAUCCCGUCUCGCAACGCAUCCACCUCACCUACCAAGGCUGGGGUCUCCUUUCCGUUAUCAUCUGGUACAUAUCCGAGAGCACGAUGUGCGACUACUACUGCCAUCCCACCGUCGCCGAGGUGUGUGACGGCUACUGCCUGAGGCCGGACGCGCCGCGAUUCCCCUUCACGAUCCCGACCAUGCUCUGGCGCUGGUCGCACCUGUCGGUCAUCCUCUCGCCAUUGUGGACGAUCGUCGUCGCGCUCUUUCGCCUGCUGGCGCAACUACUAGGGUUAUGGGAUGGGUACGUCGACGAGAUUCCAGCGCUGGCCGACACGCCGAUCGGCAGUAAUAGUUAUUAUCAUUAUGGCGGCGGAAUCCUCCCCCCUAAGAUAGUGACAACUACUGCUGCUGCUGCUACUUCUCCUUCCACACCGACCAUCCUCCAAAAUAUGGUCCCAGACAGAAGCGGUAGUAAUAGUGGCGGUAAAGGUGAAAGAUGGUACGGGGACGGGGAUGAUGGCCUUACCAUGGAUAAUGACGAAAUAUUGUAA